AUGCCCAUCUGCAUCGAAUGUCGGCAUCCCGUCAAGACACUCUGGACGCAAUACUCAGGUGCAGGCGACCAGUCGAGCGGCCAUAACAUUCGGUUGACGGUAUGCCGCCAAUGCGGCCGCUUCUGCGACAAGUAUGUUGAACACGACUUUGUCGUGCUCUUCAUCGACCUAGUCUUGAUCAAACCACAGGUCUACCGCCACCUAUUGCACAAUACCCUGAUGCGUGAUGGCGACCGCUUCGACCCCUCCAUCAUCCGUCUGGGCAUCUUGCUACUGCUCUUUGACGUUUACUUGACAUGGGCGCGUAUUGAGAAACAGACGACUCCGGCUACGCUGCCUGGCGAAAGUAACCUGGGCACGCUCGCGCAGCAGCCCAUCGUCUUGCAAUACCUCUUUUUCUUGAUCCUCUGCACGCUUUCGACAAUGGCUUUCCAUCUCAGUAUUCGCUUUCUCACCUCCUCGCCGCUUUCGCCGCUCUAUUCGCUGGGGAUCAUGGCGCGACACGCGAGGCCCAACUCGGUCUCGACAGCCCUCCUUGUCUCGUCGUCAACGAAACUCUUUCCCAUCCUGAUGGUCAUUUGGGAAUACGACGUCCCUGCCGCAGCCCGAUCUCUUGGCUGGGCUGUCGUGGCCAACAACGUCGAGGCCCUGCGCAUCCUGCUUGAUUGCAAAUACUAUACAGCCUGUAUCCUCGCUGUUGCCGGGGCAGCCUCGCGGUGGGCCGUCGGCCGGCUGGUGCUCAUGGCAGCCGGGCUGGGUAACGUAGACUCCAUCAGCGAGAGCAGUGUGGCAGCCGACGGGAAGGCGUUAUGGGCCCUAUUGAUAUUUGUCAAAGAAUGGGCUGGUCGUAUAGCUAUGGGUUAG